GCAUUGUACUUUGAACUUCCUUGAAUACGCCAUAUUGUUCACAGCCGGACAAAAACACAAAGUGAAACACGGGAAUAAACCUGCUUUAAACUCCUCGGUGUAUUUUACUGCGCUUAAUUUAAAGUGGAAAUGUGUUCAAGUUUAUAGCAACGCCAUAACCAGAAGCGAAAAUGACUUCCGUGGAAAUGGACUUGGGGAAGUAUUUGGCUCGCAUCGGGUUUACGGGUCCCGCGGAGCCCAGCUUGGAGGUGCUGCGGAGGUUGCACACCUGCCACCUCUUGUCGGUGCCGUUUGAGGACCUCACGGUGCACAGCGGGGGUCGAGUCCAGCUCGACCUCCCCCUUCUGUACGACAAGAUCGUGAACCAUCGCCGAGGAGGCUUCUGCUAUGAGAACAACAGCCUCUUUCGCUGGAUGCUGACCAAACUGGGCUUCCAGGUGACUAUACUCUCAGGCCAGGUGAAGAACAGGUUCACGGGUUGCUACGGGCCACCUUUCGACCAUUUCAUCCUACUGGUUGAACUUGAGGGCCGGCGAUGGCUGUGUGACGUCGGGUUCGGGGUUCCCGGUUUCAGUGUCCCGCUGUCACUGGACACUGAAGACCCCCAGGAGCAGGGCCACCGAGUGUACCGGAUCAGGAAGGACCUGGAGAUGCACUUUGUGGAGUGGCAAGAGGAAGAAAACAGAGUGGAUGGAGACUGGAAAGAGAUCUACAAGUUCACCCUUGAACAUCGGAGUCUGGAGGACUUCCAGAAGAUGUGCCAAUACCACCAGGCCUCCCCCAGCUCCAUCUUCUUCUGCAAGUCCCUCUGCACUGUUCUCAGACCUGACGGGAGGCUCACCUACAUUGGCCACAGGUUGAUCACCACCACAUUUCCAACAGAAGAGAACGGGCAUGUGGUGGAAACCAUCACAGAACUUAAAAAUGAAGAGAUUCCUGGUGUUCUAAAGGAAAAAUUUGGAAUUGUACUUAAUUCCACGCUCAUAGCGAAGGAUGAGAAAAUCACACCACCUCAAAUCACAUAUUAAACACACGCCCAGUUAUAUGGGAUAAAUGCAUACUUCUUAUGGCUCCAUAGCAACAAAAUGUAUGAAUACUCUUAAGAUUAGGUCCAA